AUGGCGCGACGAGCAGCAGCGGUAGAGCGGAGCAUCUCGAACAGCACGGGUUGGAGUGGAGGAGGAGGAGAGAGGAGGAGAGCGUCCGGCCUUCUUCGACUUUCGGUUGCGAUCCUCGGCCGCCUCUCUCCCCUCCUCCUCGCUCUACUCGCUCACCGUCUCACUCGCCAUGGUGAGCACCGCGCCCUCUUACUCCCUCGUCCCACCCCUCUGCCUCGGCUCCCCCUCCUCGUCCUCCCGAGCUCACCCUCCUCUCCCCCUCGACCACCUCCCCGACGACAGUCCCUCUCGAUCAAGUCCAUCAAGUCGCUUGCUCCCCUCCUCGACCGCGUCCUCAUCCAGCGCGCAAAGGUCGUCGAGAAGACCGCCUCGGGCCUGUACCUCCCCUCGGCUGCGUCCCAGGGCCCGCCCCCCGAGGGCACCGUCCUCGCCGUCGGCCCGGGCGCCCCCCGCAAGGACGGCUCGCUCCACCCGGUCUCGCUCAAGGAGGGCGACCGCGUCGUCCUCCCCGCCUUCGGCGGCGUCCCCGUCAAGGUCGGCGACGAGGAGUACCACCUCUUCCGCGACUCGGAGAUCCUCGCCAAGCUCAACGAGUAA